CCUGCCCUUCACAUCCGUCCACAUCCUACAAGGCUCUCUUCCCAAGCGAAGCACUACGAUGGCCCUCCUCAAGUCCAACAAGGUGAUCUCCUGUCUGGGGAAUAUUUCUCCCUCCCUGGGAGUUCUUUCCACCCGUAACAGCUCAUGGUGGGGUGGAGUGCAGAUGGGUCCCCCCGAUCCCAUCCUGGGGGUGAGCGAGGCCUUCAAGCGGGAUUCUAACCCCAAGAAGAUGAACCUGGGAGUGGGAGCCUACAGGGAUGACCAGGGCAAGCCUUUCGUGCUCAGCUGUGUCCGCAAGGCAGAGGCUAUUAUUGCAGCCAAACAGCUGGAUAAGGAGUACCUUGCCAUUGGUGGUUUGGGAGAGUUUACCAAGUCCUGCGCCGAACUCGCACUUGGUGCUGAUAAUGAGGUCCUGAAGAGUGGAAGGAACAUCACUGUCCAGACCAUCUCAGGAACUGGAUCUCUGCGCAUUGGAGCCAACUUUUUGUCUCGAUUCCACGGAGGUCCACGUGAUGUGUACCUGCCCAAACCAUCCUGGGGAAACCACACACCCAUCUUCAGAGACGCUGGCAUGCAGCUCAAAGCAUACAGAUACUAUGACCCCUCCACCUGUGGUUUUGACUUUAAAGGAGCUCUCGAUGACAUCUCUAAAAUCCCAGAGCAGAGUGUGAUCAUGCUGCAUGCUUGUGCCCACAACCCCACUGGUGUGGACCCCAGGCCUGAGCAGUGGAAGGAGAUUUCUGACAUUGUGAAGAAAAGGAACCUGCUUGUGUUCUUCGACAUGGCCUAUCAGGGCUUCGCGAGUGGAGACAUCGACCGCGAUGCUUGGGCUGUGCGCUACUUCAUUGAGCAGGGCCACAACAUCCUGCUGUCCCAGUCCUUCGCCAAGAACAUGGGUCUCUAUGGUGAGCGUGUGGGAGGCUUCAGUGUGGUGUGCAACGACGCAGAUGAGGCAAAGAGGGUGGAGUCUCAACUUAAGAUCCUCAUCAGGCCCAUUUACUCCAACCCACCAAUGAAUGGUGCCAGAAUUGCAGCAACUAUUCUCAACUCCCCAGAUCUCCGCUCACUGUGGCUGGAGGAGGUCCACACUAUGGCUAACCGCAUCAUUAAGAUGAGAGAACAGCUGGUGGCUGGUCUGAAAAAGGAGGGCUCCACCCACAACUGGCAGCACGUCAUCGACCAGAUCGGGAUGUUCUGCUUCACAGGCCUCAAACCCGAACAGGUUGAGCGCCUGACUAAGGAGUUUUCAGUGUACAUGACCAAGGAUGGCAGAAUUUCCAUGGCAGGCGUGUCCUCUGGCAACGUGGGUUACCUGGCAAGCGCAAUCCAUGCGGUCACCAAGUAGAGUGGAUCCUGCUGGGAGAGCUAUGAAAUCAAAGCAGCAGUGUUAAAAAGGAGUUUAUGCAUCACUAAGUCUUUUUGUUGUUCUCCACUUUUUAGAAAAGAGCUCAAUAUUUACUUAGCCAUUUUCUUGAUUGGAUUUCAUCAUGAGUUCAGCUUGGAAUGAUUGCUGCUGUUAAAGGAAUUAGUUUCUGGUUACCUGUUUUAACAUCUCACUGACCUGGCUCCCCUGCCAAAUUGUAAAAGACAUGUUUGUUCCCACUACUGACAGAUCCUCUUAUUUAUUGUGUGGCAUCAACUGUUGGCUGUGCAUUCAUGUCCUAAAUGUGCUGUUUAUCUGCUGUGGACUCUUUCACUAUAAAACAUCAAGGAACCAACAUCGGGGUAAAGUUAGACUGUGCAUUAGUUUUAUGUUCCACUUGAGGUCUCUGUUGCUACAUGAAAGCUUGUAGAAAAUGUGAGUUAUUUAAUUUUUUUCUUUAUCUUAUUGGUGGAGUCCUAGCACUUUAUAAGCUGUAAAGCACUAUUUGAGUUUCAAGAAUAGGCUGCCACUCUUUUUAUUUCUCAAUCAGUUAAUCAAUUCACUGUUAGGCAAAGCUGUGGUUGUUCAUCUGAACUAAUCAAUCAUCCAGUUAUCUCCUCGUCAUCUCUGUUUGGAAUUUGCCUAUCUAUCUCUCUUGUAUUCAGUACUUCUUCUUUUUUUUUUCUUUUUUUUUUUAGUUUGGUGGCAGGCAGCAGUUUCUCAGUCAGUCCCUUUUAACCCCAGACACAAACAAGCACACAAGCCAAAAAGAGUUAAACUCAGUACGAAGAGGUGAUCAAAACUUUGAAUGAAUUCCACAGUGGAGGAUUUUUCUUCAUAUUGCACCAUAGCCCCAAAUCGAACAGCCCUUUAUCUUACUUUCUUUUCAUGGAGUCUUUGUAUUUCAUACAAAUGUCUGUCAAUAAAGAUAAGUGGAGUACAUGAUUGGGGUGAACACUGGACAGUUCAUGAAGAAAUAUGCACAAGCUACUUAUUCAUUCAGAUAUGAUGGUUCAGUGUAUGAAUUCUGUUUGAGACAGGGAGACACAAAUGGCAUUUAGAAAUGUGGGGUUUGUCCCCAGUCUGUUCAUACUUCUGAAACUUCUGGCAUGUCGCCUCCAUGUUUUGCAUUCUGUCAAAAAAUAACAGAUCAGUAGUCUGUACCUCAUUGAACAAACAAUAAAUGGUUAUA